UUUGGUAUAAACAAUCGAAUCGAAAAUGAUUAAUAUUAGGAUAAAUUGUAGGAUCACUUUAACUGAAAACAUUUUAACGCUAUGAAGAAUAUUUCAAGACUGUGAUGAGAAUUUUCGUUCUCCGUUGUAACGGGUGUUCAAAAAUAAUUAUCCUGAGCGUUUUAAUUGUCGUACUAGUUCGCUCUGUUGACCAAGCAUUUACAAAAAGAAAAAAGAAAAAAAAGAAAAGAAUAACAGAAUGACAAAGUAACAACAACCCGGUUUUCACAGUUUCGAUUUGACCACGGUACACGAUGAUUUCUAAUAGAAUUUUUAUUUAUUUCCUAAUUAUUUUAUGGAAUUUUCAAUGUGUAAAUUUGUAUGAUAUUUAUCAAGAUGAAAUUGAAAGUUUGAGCGAGUUGCCUAUGGAUAAAUUGAUCAAAAUCAAAUCAUCGAUUAAACCAAUGUUGGAAACAUCGAUGAUGGUUAAGAAAUUUGAUCAACCGGAAGGAAGAAUAAAAUCGACAUUACCAAUAGCAAUGCCGUUGAAAAGAAAUUACAAAUUACCCAAAAGACGUGGCGAUCAUUACGAGGAAAAAGGGAAGGACACUAAAAUAUCAAAAAUAUUUCAAUUAGCUGUAACGGCACUUUCGUUCUUGGCAUUUGGCGGAUAUCUUUUGACAUUGAUCAUAACCGCGAUUAGAAGAAAUUCUAACGCGGCUAAUACUGGAAAUGUAAUCGUAUUGUCGAAUUUGCAAACUUCACAAAACAAUCAACGAUUCAAGAGAAACCUAUUGAUUUACGAUCCUGUGGAAAAUCAUUUUCAAACUGACAAACUUUAUCAUGGAAUGAUCAUGUUGUCGCGUACUUGCGCGCGUUUCGAACGUUAAACGAAAAAAAAAAACAAGAAAAUCAUUUUUUUUUUUCAUGUAUAAUAUUUUUUCUUCACGUCGUA